AUGGACUGUAAAGAUGGAUCGGACGAAGCAGAUUGUGAAUAUCAGUGUAAAGCAGAUCAGUUCCAUUGUGCUCAUGGGAGGAUGUGUAUCGACAUAAAGCAGGUGUGUGACGGCACACCUCAGUGUCAGGACCUCUCUGAUGAAAAGGACUGUUUCAAACAAUCACAUGACUGCAAACACAGUUGUGAUAAUAAAACCCGCUGCAUCCCGGAGAACUUCCUUUGUGAUGGAGAGAGAGAUUGUGCAGAUGGGACUGAUGAAGCUAACUGUGCUCCCAUCACUGGCCCAUUAAACACAUCAACUCGGCCCAUUUGCAGUUCUCCCUUAGUGUUAUGUCAGGGAACCUCAAAAUGCAUCACUCGAUCCCAAAUGUGUGAUGGAAAGAUUGACUGCCCUGAUGGUUUUGAUGAACAGUCUUGUUUCGAUGUGUGCUCACGCCCAGGCCAGUUUCUGUGCAAGGACAGACGGAAGUGUGUUGAUAAAGCCCUUGUGUGUGACGGCCACUCGCACUGCUUUGAUGGCUCGGAUGAGAAGCAGUGCUAUGCUGGGCGUGUGGUUGCAGGUGCUUCUAUCCCCAUCAAAUGUCCCCUGGGAUCCAAACCAUGUAGAAAUGGUAAAGAGUGCAUCCUGUACAGCCAUGUGUGUGAUGGAGAGAAAGAUUGCAAAGAUGGAUCUGAUGAGAGGAACUGCGAGCGCAAAUGUAAAAAAGGACAAUUCCAGUGCGCUCAUGGCAUGAAGUGUAUCGAUAUGAAUCUUGUGUGUGAUGGAACUCCUCAGUGUCAGGACCGAUCCGAUGAAAUUAACUGUAUGAAAUUGUCAGAUGAAUGCCACCACCCAUGUGACAAUCGAACACGCUGCAUUCCUGAAACGUUCCUCUGUGAUGGCGAGAAAGACUGUGUGGAUGGCACUGAUGAAGCUAAUUGUGUGAAAGAGCAGUGUCCAAGCCAUUGGUUCCAGUGCAGUAAUGGUCAGUGUGUGACUAUGGCUCUCCGCUGUGAUGGAUACCCUGACUGUCGAGAUCAUUCUGAUGAGAAGGGCUGUCCCCAGCCGCCUCACUGUCCCAUGGAGCAGCGCUGUCCUCACAGCCAUGAGUGUCUGCUGAAAGAGUGGAUCUGUGAUGGAGACGAGGACUGCAGCGAUGGCUCUGAUGAGAGGAACUGUAAAGUGACUCCACUGAGGUGCGGAGAGUUCCAGUGGUCAUGCACCUCUAAAACUCAAUGCAUACCCAAGAUCUGGAGAUGUGACGGAAUGAAGGACUGCAAGGACGAAAGUGAUGAAUCUGGAUGUGGUCAAGUGAAAUGCCCAUCACACUUGUUCCGGUGUGGAAGUGGGGAGUGUUUGGUUCCGGAUCUGGUGUGCAAUGGAGUCUCUAACUGUACAGAUGACUCUGAUGAGGGUGUGGGGUGUCUGAAGAACAACUGCUCCAGUUCUGGAAGCCCAUCAUGUCAACACUACUGCAUUAACACUCCACGUGGAGCGAGAUGUGGCUGUAAGUCUGGCUUCAGACUUCAGGCUGAUGGUUUAACCUGCGCUGACAUAGAUGAAUGUGAAGCGAUUCAGCCUGCUGUCUGCAGUCAUAUCUGUGUCAAUGCGCUGGGCUCCUACCUGUGCCGAUGCCAUCCUGAAUAUAUACUGGAACCAGAUGGUCACAGCUGCAAGACUGCAGAGGAGCCCAGUCUGUUGGUGUCUGAGCAGUAUGAGCUGUUUCAUUUGGGUCUGCGGAGCUUCAGGAUUGAGACUCUCAUCACACCAGGACGGAAGCCCAUCUUCUCCCUGGACUACGACUGGAGGGAGAUGAGGGUGUUUUGGGUCAGUCUGGAGGAGGAAAGCAUCAAAUAUGCCAUCCGUGGAGAAAAGAACAACAUAGGAACUAUUGUCAAAGGUGUGAAAUCGGACUCCAUUGCUAUUGACUGGCUCGGAAGAAACCUUUACUGGGUUGAUGGCGUUGCUGGUCAAAUUCUAGCUGUGAGACUGGCCAGCAGUAUUGUAAAUCCACAAAACUACAUUGUCGUUCUGGAUGAAGAUUUGGAGCAGCCUCGCUCACUCGUGCUUCUGCCUCAGAAAGGAAUGAUGUUCUGGUCCGAGAUUGGAAGUGAAGCUCAGAUCGAGCGCUCUAGCAUGGAUGGUUCAGACAGGAAGGUGGUGAUCAGUUGUGGUCUGAGCUGGCCUGUUGGUGUUACAGUAGAUAUUUUGACUGACAGAAUUUAUUGGACCGACGAGAAACUGAAAUGUAUAGGCUCUGCAACACUGGAUGGAAAAAACAUAAGGUUACUACAACUGUCUGAGAUGCCCAGUCCCUUCUCUGUGGCUGUUUUCAAUGACAUGGUCUAUUGGUCCGACACUCGUAGAAGAUCCAUUCAAGGGGCCAACAAGCUCACUGGCAAGAACUGUAGCUCACUUCUCAAGAGACCCGGACAGCCAUACGGCCUCAAAGUUGCCCACUCCAUCUUACAGCCCAACGUCUCCAACCCCUGUGAAAAGCUCAAAUGUUCCCAAGUGUGUUUGCUGGCUCCAGGGCUCAAAGCGACAUGUCGCUGCCCUGCUGAUCUUCUGCUGGCUGAGGAUGGGUUCACCUGCACCCCACCUGUCGAUUCAUCCUUCCUUCUGCUGCUCGCUCCUACCAUGAUCACUCAGAUCUUCACUAGGAGCCUUCAAAAGGAUGUUGGGCUAAAGAAAUGGCCAGAGCACCAUGCCUUAUCUCUUCCCAGCGUGAAUGAAGCUUCCAACUUCGACAUGCUGCUCAAAGACCGUGCCGUCUUCCUAGCUGACGCUGGGCAGGGCUCUGUGGCUAAACUAAAACUAAGCAACUCCGGUUUCACACCAAUAGGACACAUGUUCCAGCUUAAAGGUGACUUAGUGACCGCUCUAGCUGUGGACUGGGUGACCAGUAACCUGUACUGGAGCAGCGUCAAGAGUCCCCAGCUGUAUGUCACUUCCCCUCGGGGGAGAUACACAGCGCUGGUGCUGAAGGCUGAACUUCAGGGCACGAUCUCCAUCGCCCUACACCCUCCUACUGGUAUAAUUUGCUUCACUGCUGUGGGCCGGAAGGGGCUCGAGCCUCAGCCCCAGGUUGACUGCGCACACAUGGAUGGGGCCAAUCGCAUGUUGCUGUGGAACAAAGCGACGAUGCCGGUGUCGCUAACCUUUUCCGAUAAGGGAACAACACUAUAUUGGGCAGAUAAUGGUGCUGGACUAAUUGGCUCUGUUGAUAUUGAUGGCUCUAAUUAUAAAGAGUAUAGCACUGGACCAGCCUUGAUUGUGUCUUUUGCUCUGAUUGAGAACAUCUACUUCUGGGUCACCCUGGAUAACGGUACAACUAAAGUAUGGUAUAGUGAUGGCCUUCUACCAAAGCAGAUGUGGUUUGAGGUGAUGACGAACAUUGUAGAACUGAAGGCUUACAGCAGAUCCAGUCAGAAAGAGCUCUCACUGCGAAGAACCUGUCCAGUGACUGAUGCACACUACACUUACAGCUCCUUGUUUAGAACCAAUGUGUGUUCGGAAAACAAUGGAGGCUGUAGUCACCUGUGUCUGCCAAAUCCAGGUGGACGUUCAUGUCGCUGUGCGCAGGACUACCUCUCUGUGAACGGCACAAAAUGUGUGUCAAACCUCAACUGUCCAGAAAAAGGCAGUAAAGCGUGCAGAGAUGGGCUUAAGUGCAUCCCUGCUGCCAAAUUCUGUGACCAGAUCCCAGACUGCCUGGACGGCUCAGAUGAGGACUGUUUCCUUGUGAAAACCAAACCUGGGAUAAAAUCCAAAAAUAGGCCGGAUACUCUUUCACGAUCUACAUUAAACCGUCCUCUGGGAUCUGCUGCUGAACUCUCUCCACCUAAAGACAAGUUUGUGGUGCAGAAUCUGGGCAGUCAGUCAUGUGACACUGAACGAUGCAAUAAUCAUGGGAAGUGUGUGACUGUGAAGGGCGAACCAGUGUGUGAGUGUGAGGAGGGGUACAGCGGGGACCUCUGUCAGAACUCUGGAUCCAGUAGGACAGCUCUCGCUCUGACUCUCACCUUUCUGAUUGGAGGAGCCCUGGUGGCCGCAGUGAUCCUGAGAAAGAGGACACAAGCUGGAGUGGUGUCUACUGAAAAAGAGACCCUUUUGACUGAUAUGCCAGAGCGUACAACUUUCUCUCAAAGCUUUGCAAAUGAGCUAUAUGAUCCAGAAGAGGAGACGAUUACUCCUGCUGUCACCAACCCUGUUUUCAGCUAAUUAUUUUUUUUCUAAUAAAAUGACUGACAUUGAAAGAAAUCUG